ACCUGAACCAGACCGACCUCAUCCACCGUCAGCUCAGUGAGACAACAUGCUGCCCGGCUCCGCUCUGCUCCUGCUCCUCGGCCUCAGCUGCGCCGCCUGCUUCGAGCUGCUGCCGGAGGAAGCUGCUCCCCGCCGGGCACGAUUCUCCGCCAACAGCCCGACUGAUGUGGCCAGAUGUUUGAAUGGAGCUGUUGCUGUGGGCUGUGGAUUCUUCUCCUGUCUGGAAAACUCAACCUGUGACACUGACGGGAUGCACGAACUCUGUGAACUCUUCCUGCACACAGCUGCUACCUUCAACACAGAGGGUAAAACCUUUGUGAAGAAGAGCCUGCACUGCAUCUCUCAGGGGAUCACAGCGAAGGUUUUCCAAACUAUCCGCCGCUGCAACAUCUUCCAGAGGAUGAUUGCUGAGGUGCAAGAAGAGUGUUACACCAGUCUCGACAUCUGCACUGUGGCUCGAACCAACCCGGAUGCCAUCGGAGAGGUGGUGCAGGUGCCGACUCACUUCCCCAACAGGUACUACAGCACUCUGCUGCAGACCCUGCAGGCCUGUGACGAGCAGACGGUGGCGGCUGUGAGGACCGGCCUCCUGGCCAGGUUAGGCCCCGACAUGGAGACCUUCCUCCAGCUGGUCCAGAACAAACCCUGCACCACCGGCUCCAGCUCCACCACUUACAACAGCCCCACCAGCUGGAGGAACAUGCCCGUGUUCAACAUCCAGCCAGGCUUCAGAGGCCGAGACCCCACCCACCUGUUCGCCAGGAAGAGAUCUGUGGAUGGCGUGGAGGGAGGGGUCAACGGUGGCAACUAGACAACACACACACACACACACACACACACACACCCACACACGUACACUGACACAAACAUGCAUUUUUCUCCUCACAUGAUGUUACCUCCUGCAGGGUAAUUAUUGCUAUGACACACAUUAAUAUUAAUAUUAUUUAGGGCGACGACCUGAUGCCACCAGCUUCACUGACAAACAGACAUUUGGAAAGAGGCCUAUUAUGAUUAUGAUUGAUAUUUAUUUUCUUAAAGGAGUUAAUUUAUGAGGCUGUCAUGCUGUUAUAUUUAAUGUAGUGGGAGGAGGAGACGCUGUGGAGGUCAGAGGAAGCUUUCGUGCUGGUCGUGGAGCUC